UUAAGAGUUAGAUGUUCAAAAUGAAAGCUGCUGGCGGUGUGAAGGAAACCAUUGCUCUCGCGUCAUAGGAAAUCUAAUUUUAAUGCCGGUAGCGCUCAGAGGUAAACCACACGGCAGGUACUGAAGCAGUCAAAGCGUUUUUACACACCAAGCGUUUAACUAUGGACGUCGUCUUCAAGGAGGGGAUGCUGUACCUUCAAGGGGCCAAGUUUGGAAAAAGAACAUGGAGGAAAAUCUGGAUGGCGCUCUUUAAAGCCAGCUCCACCGGGGUGGGCCGGCUGGAGUUCUGCUCCGCCGCCGACAGCAACCCCGAGUCCAAGAGAGUCGGCCGGCAGAAGUCGUCCGAGAGGAAAGUGGUGCGUCUCAGCGACUGCCUGAGCGUCACCUUUGCCCCCAAAGCGUCCUGCCCUGCCGGCUGCACGGCCUUCCACCUGAUCACCACGCAGUGCACCUACACCUUAGCCUCCUCCAGCAGCCAGGACUGGCUGAACGCCCUCUGUAUUCUGGCCUUCCAGAAGGAUCCUGGAGAAUCAGACAAAGGGAGUUUUGAGGAAGGAACCAGCUUCAUCAUGGAGGACAAUGACAUUUACUCAUCAUGGAGAAGUGAUUCGACUCUUCCUCCGAACCACUACCACGUCACCGUUCUGAGCACGGAGGCGUCCAAGAGGUGCAAGUUGUCCGGGGAUUAUCUGGUCUCGCCGCACAGGGAGGGGAUGAUGCUGCUCGCCGCCGACGCCAGCCGCGUCGUCUACCGCUGGCCCUACAGGCUCCUGCGCAAAUUCGGACAGGUUGAGGAGGGUUUCUGCAUCGAAGCAGGCCGCCGGUGUGAAUCCGGAGAGGGAGUGUUCACCUUCCAGACCCGGCACGGCCCAGAGAUCUUCCAGGCCAUAUCCAAGCACUGCUCAGUGGACGGGAGGCCUGCGAGCGUCCACAGAGGAUCGUCGUCCGCCUCGUCUCCUCUGGACUUCCCGGCCCACCGCCCUGCAGGGCCUCCCAGCUACGAUCCUGCAGACGCUUCGGCCGAGGCAGGAGACGACCCCGCCUGUCACUACUCCACUAUCGAUGACGCCUCAGCUAAAAGCGCGAAGCCGCUGUCGCUUGUCAAUCUGCAUCUCCCCUGCAGCAGCGAGGCGACUGAGGAUGAGGAUGAGGAUGAGGAAGAACUGUGCUACUCCCUGGAGUCUCUAGACCAGGACGACAUGGAGGACAGCAUUUAUUAUAACUUGAGGAGAGCCACGCCUCCCACGAUGAGGAGAGAGUCGCUCAGAGCCGAGACAGACGCCCCAGAGUGCAUCUAUUCAGACGUCAGACGAGGCGACUCCCCCUCCAUUCCCCAGCGCCAGCCUUCCCCCUCUCCCCUGACUCCGCCCAUGCACAGAUCUGCCCCCCACCUCCUGUCCAAACCCCAGACCCCGCAGCCGCCUCCCGUGGACGACAGCGUCCAGACAGUCGGCAGCGCCCCGGCCCUGGCAGAGGAUGACACGGAGGAGGCCACCGGCUCGGCUGCCGGCGUCGCCCCCACCGAGGCCCCCGGCAGUUUCAAACACAGGCUGGCAGAAAUCAUCUCCAAGGACCUGGCGAAGUUCCAGCCACCUCUCCCCAACAGAGCGGGCAGCUCCACGUUCUUCCCGUAGGCUGCCAGUUAACAGACGGAAUAGAAGGAGCGAUGAAAUGUCAUAAAGUGUAAUUAGUCUCUUUGCUUGGAUGAAAUCCCCCCACUGGGAACUUGUGGUUCCACUUUUUGGCAUGCAGAUGUUUGUAUGUUAUUCUGUAGCUUGUUGUAUGAAAAGUGCAUCUGGUUACUUUUUUUUUUUCAUUUUUUUGUGGACUCUUCUGUGACAAACAGUGUUUUCAUUGUUAGAUGAGGCACAUGCCGAAAUUAUGUUUGAUUCAUCUGUUGAUUCAAAAAUUUAAACAGCAUGUUGGGGAUUUUUUUCUUCUUUGUCUUUUAUGAAUUAACAGCUGUAAAGACCCAGAAGCUGCACUGUGCUCUGGUGUGAGGACUGCAUGGUGGAGCCUGUAUAAAAUCAAGUUAAAAUGCACACUGGAAUUUAAAGUAUAUCUUUAUUGUAGGAAAGCAAUCCAAAUAAAAUACCCCUGAGCUAUACAUAAAUAGAAAAAUAAUUGUUCAAUCACAUAUCAGUUCUAAUCACACUGAAAACACCAGGAGGAAUGGUUCAGGAUGUACACAGGGGCGGAGCUUCCAUGGGGGGGGGGGGGGGGGGGGGGGGGGGGGGGGGAUGACCCCUGACCCCUUCAGGUGAUGUCAGUUAUUGUGUAAAGUCACCACAUUUCAUUGUAAUUAAAAAAGAGAAGUUAAAACUGGAAAUCAUUUGAAGCAUAGGACUGUGCUUAUUGUGUCACUGAUUUCACUUUGAUCGUAUUUCUGUUUUUCAGACACGUUUCGCUCUGGCAUGUAAAAAACUCUGCAAAUCCCAAAGACUUUCUG